CUGCAACUUUCCUUAAAAAAUGUUCCGUCCUCCCAACAUGGAAUUAUAGUCCUCGAAAAGAAACCAGCAUUAGAAAACAAUAUCAAAGUGCUAGAAAAAUGGAAGAAUUUUUUAAAAAAGCAAAAAUAAAAAAACAAUAAAUUCUAGAUUUAUUCAUUUCGUGGUUAUACGAAUGUACGUAGAAAAUGUCUUAUCAAAUUCUCGAUAGCAUGAUCUUCGGGCAAUCAAGUCAAAAGGUUAUAAUUACGAUAGAGUUGCCAACUUUUUUUACAUCUGUAGGCUUUACGAGCAUAUUCAUUAGUUUCUGGUCCAUUCAUUGGCGUACAUUCAACAGCUUGAACAGUAAAAAUGAGUUCAUCAGCUGGAGAAAAGUUAUGGGGCGGUCGUUUCAAGGAAAAUAUCGACGAACAGAUGGAAAAACUUAACUCAUCGAUUAGUGUAGACAAACGAAUGUACGCUGAAGAUAUACAGGGAAGUAUUGCUUAUGCUAGAGCUCUGAUGCGGGUGAAUUUGUUGUCAAAUGACGAAGGAGCUGCUAUAAUUGAUGGACUGCAAAAGAUUCGGAUCGAAUGGGAAGAAGGACAUUUUGUCUUGUGCUCUACUGAUGAGGAUAUUCACACCGCAAUCGAGAGAAGACUGACAGAAAUUAUAGGUAUAGCAAUUGCUGGUAAACUGCACACAGGAAGAAGCCGAAACGAUCAGACGAUAACGGACACUAAAUUAUGGAUUCGAAAAGCCAUGGACGAAGUUGCCAAAGUGUUGAUAUCGUUUAUCAAAUUCUUCGUGGCGAGAGCUGAUGAAGAGAAAAUGAUCAUUAUGCCAGGUUAUACGCACCUGCAAAGAGCCCAACCGAUUCGUUGGAGUCAUUGGUUGCUCAGCCAUGCUUGGAAUAUGAAAAACGACUACACGAGGCUCGUCCAAAUUCGUGAAAGAGUCAACGUCAUGCCACUCGGCAGUGGAGCUUUGGCUGGAAACCCCUUCGGAAUAGAUCGUUUUGAACUUGCCAAAGAACUGGGAUUUUCUGAAAUUACAAAUAACAGUGUUCAAGCUGUGGGAGAUCGAGAUUUUGUUGUCGAAUAUUUAUUCUGGCUCUCAUUGACGUCGAUCCAUUUGAGUCGUCUGGCAGAAGAUCUCGUAAUAUACAGUUCUCAGGAAUUCAAUUUCGUUAAAUUCUCAGAUGGCUUCUCAACAGGGAGUAGUUUGAUGCCACAAAAACGUAAUCCAGAUUGUGUUGAGCUCAUCAGAGGAAAAACUGGCACCCUUAUGGGCAAAUUCGUGGGUUUUAUGGCGACCCUCAAAGGGCUUUCAUCCUCUUACAACAAGGAUUUGCAAGAAGACAAGGAAGUCCUUUUCACGAGCCACGACACGCUGUUCGCAAUGCUAAAAGUGUUGAAAGGAGCUAUGCAAAGUUUAUCAAUUGACAAAGCAAAAUGUCAGGCUGCUCUAGAAAAUUACAUGUUGGCGACUGACAUCGCUUAUUACCUCGUUCGUAAAGGGAUUUCUUUCCGGGAGGCUCACCACGUUGCAGGCAAAGUAGUAGCACAUGCCGAAUCUAAGAAACUUCAACUGCAAGAAAUAACAUUAAGCGAAUUGAUAUCGAUAAGCCAAAUGUUUUGCGAAGAUGUCACAGAAAUUUGGGAUUUUGAAAAGAGUGUCGAGCAGUACAGUGUUAUCGGUGGCACGAGUUUAUCAUCGAUCGAAAACCAGAUCCACCAACUUCGCCAAUGGUCCCGACAGUUGUGAAGCAAAUAUAUAAUGGAAGUUCCAAAAAUAUUUUUCCCCUUGAAUUUUACGAUCGACCAAUUUUCUCUUUGUCAACGUACGACGGAGCUAUAUUUUCUUCAAGAAGGCCAAUGAUAUGUAAAAAUACAUAUAUUAUUAUCUAUAUACAAUACUUUUUAUAAUAGUUAUAAUAUGAUAGGUGCAGCAACCAAGAUAUACAUAUAUAUUAUACAUA